CUAGGUUACACCCCUCCACAAGAUUUUUGCACAGAUUCACCUUAUUUUCAAUGCGAUGGAGUUUUAAAUAUAAUUAAAAUGGACUUUUCUGGAAGUCCUCAGUUAACAAAUGAUGUUAUACAGAAUACGGAUGUAGAUUGUAUUGGACCAAAUCUCAAAACAAUGAUUACCUCCAAAUGGAAUAUAUCUGAUAACUUUUUUGAUUUUGCAACAGAGUCUUUAGAUCAAAUGUAA